AUGGACGUCGCCUUCCUCAGCCCGGCGGGCGCCGCGCCCCGCGCGCCGCUCGGGGCGCCCCGCCGGGCGCUCGGCGUCGGAUGCGGCGAGGGCGCGGGGCUGCGGCCGGAAGCGACAGCUUCGGCGGCGCUGGUCGCCUGCUUGGCCGGCUCCCGCACUUCGGCAUUUCGGCGGCGCCAGCCGCCUCACCGCGCACGGGUGGCAGCCAGAGCGCUGGGGUCCAUUGAGCAGUUCAAGGUCUUCGGGCCACCCGAGGACCCCUUUGAGAUCGAGACGGACCAGGUGCUGGGGGUGGGCGGCCAGGGUACUGUGUACCUCUGCCACAAGAGGAGCACUCCCAACGUGAAGCAUGCGGUGAAGACCAUCCCCAUUUGGCGUCUGCUGAUGGACCCCUCCUGCGAUGAGAAGAUCAAGACCAUCCGCAAGGAGACCGAGGUGCUGCUGAAGAUCCAGGGCCACCCCAACAUCUGCGAGUGCCUGGGCUGCUUCGACGCCUUCCGGCCCGGCACCUCCCAGGCCCAGUACAUCAUGAUCGUGAUGGAGCUCAUCGACGGGGGCGAGCUGGCCGGCUUCGUGGAGGGUGGCCUGGCGGAGGACGUGGUGAAGAGCGUCAUGCGCCAAACCACGUCCGCGCUGAAGUACAUCCACGACAAGGAUGUGGUCCAUCGAGAUCUCAAGGUGGAGAACAUCUUGGUGUGCGGGCAGCAGCUCACGGGCAGCACCCCGGUGAAGCUGAUCGACUUCGGGGUGGCGAAGAGCCUCACGGGGACCAUGGCGCGGUCCUGCGUGGGCACCACGGAGAUCAUGGCCCCGGAGCUGGUCAGCGCCAAGCUGAUGAUCGCCCCCAAGGGCGCGCAGAUGAAGAAGCACGGGCCCUACACCUUCCAGCCGCCCCAGCAGGCCUCUCCCGGCUUCGGCAUCGUCACCCAGCGCCCGGACGGCAAGGGCGCCAUGGUGAACGGCAUCGAGCCAGGAGGCCAGGCGGCCGGCUUCGGCGUGGGCGACGGCUGGGCCAUCUCCGCGAUCAACGGCACGGAGAUCCUGGAGAUGCCCUUUGUGAAGGACUUCAACGAGAUCGGCGCGGGGACGAAGGGCGGCGUCACCGCCAUCGCGGAGAUCUUGGGAGGCCUCAGCCAGCCCUUCACCAUGGAGUUCGUGGAGCUCCCGCCCCGGGAGUUCAGCAAGGCCGUGGACUUGUGGAGCUUGGGCGUCACCUUGUACGUCAUGCUCACUGGGAAGAAGCCCUUUGCGGAUGAGGAGCAGAUUGUCAAUGGCCAGUAUGACCAGAGUCUGCUCACGCGAUGUUCGCCGCAAGCGCAGGACCUGGUGAAGAGCCUGCUGCGCAUGGAUCCCACGGAGCGUUUGGCGCUGGAACAGGUCCUGGGCCAUCCCUUCCUGCAGUGA